AUGGAGGAGAGCUGCAUCCUAGUGGAAGAUCCGUCGGCAGCCAAGAGCCGGAGGACGAAACAUCGGGAGAGCUACGGACGACGACGCCCCGAGUCAGGAACUCCAAUUUCGUACUGUUGCUCGGAUGAGAACCAGCGGAUGACCGUUAGAUGUACACCCGAUCCCGCCAUGGAUAUGGACACCCUCCUGAAAGCAAUAGCAAGAUCCUCUGUUACAGUGGAAGGGGAGGAAGAGGAGCAGUUUGUUGUGGGAGGAAAAGCGUAUUGUGGUGGAGGGGGGGGUGGUAAAAGCGAGUGUUUCGCUUGUCGUUACAAGCCACUGUUCGGCGGCGGUGGCGGUAGCAGCGGAGGCAGCGGAGGCGGCGGAGGCGGCGGAUUGCCUUUUAAUUCAACAUGA